AUGUCAAUUGAAAUUUGGUGUCAAUGGAAAUUUUAUAGACUAAAUCUAACAAAAAUGAAAGCUAUCUUUGCCUUGUGUGUUAUGUUACUUGCCUUGUCAGUUGCUGCUGCUCAACAUCACAAUGAUAUUACCAUUAACCAUAGAAUGGUUGGAUCAUGGACUGAUUCUGCCACUGGCCAAUGUUUCUCCCAAUUCGAAGUAACCAUUACCAACGCUUGCAAUAGUGCCCGUGUCUGCUCACUCUGCAUUGGAACUGAUGCCACCUGUCGUCUCCGUGACAACAACUCUAUCUGGAAUGUCGUACGUGCCCACAAUGGUGAUAUUACUCUUCCAGCCAACCAAACCAUCAAUGCCGGUGCCUCAUACACCUUUGGUUACAUUGUCCACGGUACUGUUGCCCCAACUCUCUGUGUCAAGUCUGUCUCUUUCUGUUAA